AUGUCUACAACUUUUACGCUUCAGGAUCUGACCAGGACGAAUAUCUGCGCAGCGUCACACAUUCGCCCCCGGGUUCUUAUCGAUGUCUCGAGUAUUAAUACAUCAACGACCCUGUCCGGCGUAAAUUAUCAUUGCCAAUUUGCCAAUCGGUUUGGCUCCAAACGCGACACGACGGUCAACUGGCGCGAAUGGAGAACUGGGCGUAGCCAGAGCAGUGCCAGCUCAGGGCUUAACGUGAAGCUGUCUUCUCAAUCAACGACGUCGCUGGAGGAUGUUUCACCAGGGAUGAGAGCUGGCAGCUCAGAGCCACGUGAGGGCUUUGCUGCAACACCAGCUUGGAAGCAGAUCUAUCUGCGUAAACACACUAGAACC